AUGUAUUAGUUAACUCCUCCACAAAACAUUAAGAAGUAUAAAUUUGAAUCAGAAUUAGGAAAAGGUACUUUUGGUAUUGUCUGUAAAUACAUAAAAGAUAACGUUCCUUAUGCAAUCAAAAUGGAAUACCCAUGGAGAUAUUCUAAUUCUAUAUCGAAGGAAAAAAAAAUUUUAAAACAACUAUAAGAAAACAUUUCUAAAAAUAAGCCUAAAUUCCCUAAAUAUAUCGAAGAUGGAUAAUUCUAAUUGACUUUGGAAUAAAAAUACAGCGUUUAGUACAUUGUAAUAGAAUAUCUCGAAUAGACACUAUAAAACUACUAUGUAGAUUUAAUAAAUUCAGACAAUGCUAUCCUAGGUAAAGCCAAGAUGACUGAAGAUAUAAAGCCAGAAAACUUCAUGGUAAAAGAUGGAGAUAUUUAUCUUAUAGAUUUUGGUUCCUCUAUUGAAUUCGAUCUGAAUAAAUUUUAGUUGGAUAAAGAAUGGGAACCAACAGGAACUCCAUUAACUAUGUCAAUAUUUGCUUUAUAAAAGUAUUACUCUUGCUAAGGAGAUGACUUGAUUUCGACCUUGUAUACCAUUUUAUAUCUUUAAGAUCCAGAUUGUUUACCUUGGAUUAGUUACUGCAAUAAUUUAAAUAAUGAUAAACCAUAAAAUUAAAGCGAGACCAAUAAUAAAAUUAGAGAAUUUAAGGAAAACUUGAAUGAAAACUCAUAAAAGUUAGAUGAAAGUUCUAAAGAGAUUAUCAAGCAAAUUAAAUCAUUAGAAAGGCUUAGAGAAACUCAGCCAGAUAAGUUUUCAACACAUAUUGAUUAUAAAAGCAUAAAUGAAGCUAUUUAAUAGUCUUAUAAAAAUGAACUGCGUGCUGUUGAAUAAAUGACAUCUUCAGAUAAAGCUUUGUCUGAAUAAACCUAUAAUGAUUAAAGAUAAGAUAAUGCCGAAUAGAAUUAAAUUGAAGAAUUCGAUAAAUAAAAUAUCAAUGAUGAUUUAGAAUCUUAAAGUUAAAAGCACAAUUUGGAUUAAUCAUAGAGCUAUAAUGAUAAAGAUCAAAACGUUAAUAUUAAAAUUGAUGAUAUACAGCUAAUUACAAAUUAGAGCCAAGAUUAAGACCAAGUUUAUAAUCAACAUGAAUAAAAAAUAGAACAAACUUAAUAUAAAAUUGAAAAUUAAGAUACUUAGUUUCAGAGUUUCAAAAACAGCAAUCCCCCUAAUUACGGAUCAAUUGUUUAGUUAAAUAGAGAGAAACUCAAUGCUGAUAAAUUAUUGCAUGAAAAUGUUGAGACAAUCUAACCAAAUAGAGGUAAUGAAUUCGAAAAAGGUCAUCAAAAAAAAGAAAGAAGAGGUAAAGAUUAAAACAAAAAUUAUAAAAGAUAUGAUUAGGAUAUAGAUAAUCAUCGGUGCUGCUGUCAAAUUUGUUGA